AUGUCACUGACCGCCAACAACCAGGAAGAGGGCAAGAACAAAGACGACAUUCCGAUCGUGUCUGUCAGUCUAUGUGACCCCGACCUCAAGACUGAAGAAAUCAAGGACUUUCUGCUCACGGCCGGGCAGAAGGACGCCAAGUCCGUCAAGAUCAAGAAAAAUAAGGAUAACGUGAAGUUUAAAGCCCGAUGCAGCAGAUACCUUUACACUUUGGUCAUCUCAGACAAAGAGAAGGCAGAGAAACCGAAGCAGUCCCUGCCCCCAGGUUUGGCAGUAAAGGAGCUGAAAUGAACCCGGCCCACUGAUGUGAACCGUAUUCAAGUUUUAAAAAUUCUUAAAAAAAAAAAAACAAAAAAC